UGGUAGGUGUAAACUGUAAAACAAGUGAAUGCGACUUAUAAGUCGUAAUCACUGCAUGCGAUUAUCUGGGAGGAACGUUUUUCUUCUUAUUCCAGCAAAAGCCCAUUUUGCUCCAAUGGUUAUUCAGAAAAGAAAUUCCAAAGCGGAAGAGAUGGCCCUACUGUUCAAUACCCCGCCUACUACUACUCCCUCCUCUCAUGCAUCCUCUAAUUCUUCAACUUUUGCUGCUACUUCUUACCCAUUCUUCAGGUUUUGCAACGAUCCCAUUGCUUUGCAACCAAAGUCAUAUGUCAAUUACUAUAUUCAAGCACCCUUUAUUCUCAAAGGAAGAAGUGCCUUGAUUGCUAAGGCAGCUACUGAUAUUGAUAGCGCGGGUUCUGAUAAUACAGAGAGUGAUGAAGAAAGCAAGCUUGUUGGUAACCUGCCAUUGGAGUCUAAGCUUCAGCUGAAGCUUGAGCAGAAGAUGAAGAUGAAGUUGGCAAAGAAUAUCCGAUUAAGAAGGAAGAAACUUGUUAGGAAGCGACGCUUAAGGAAGAAAGGGCGAUGGCCACCUUCAAAGUUGAAAAAGAACAAGAAUGUUUAGUCUUUACCUCAAGAUGUUUGCAGGUUUCUGCUCUCUAGAUUUCCUUCUAUUAUCGCAAUUCACCUUUUUGUAGCCUUAAAAUCAUUUCAAUUUGUUGAUAGAGUUUUAAGGAUUAAACCUUUUGUUCCAGAUUAAUUUCUUAAUUUUUACAGUCUAGAUGGUAUUUAUAGGGAAGGCUCUUUUAUUCCUUUCGAUGUUGAUACCGGUGGUUCUCCAUGGAAAGAAUGCCUUGACAUCUGGACAGUCACAACAAUUAGUUGUUGCAUUCUGUGCUAUCUGAACUUUUCUUUGUUUGCGUUUGCUCACUUUCUUGAGUUCUUCUGGAGGCCAAGGCAGGGGAUAUAGAUGUUUGCUUUAGAGGUUAUCAAAGUGAAAACAAUUCCCUUUGAUAUCAUUGGUUUUGACAUCAAUUGGGUUGUUGCCUCUUGUUCGUAUUUUUCCAGUGUUUAGGUUCUUGAAUAAGAAAUGCUAGCUGUAAACUUGUAUCUCUGCUCUUUUAUAAGUGAUCCAAUUUCACUCUUAUCGCUAAA